AUGUUCAGAGCUCCUCAGAUUCGCCUACGAAGACACUCCCUAAAGGAUCUAUAUUUUCGAAUCCCCUCUUGCCGCUACAGCUCCGAUGAGGCCGCCAAAUAUGCUCAUAGGAAGACCAUUGUGGCGCAAAAUCCUGCUCAGUACUAUCCUCCGAUAGGUAUCACCAGAACAUGUACGCCGGUUCUUCGUGUCAGAGACUUUGUAUCGAGGUUUGGCAAAAUGGAUUUCACAAAGUACGCCUCUAAGCGCCAUCCUGAUUUAGUGCAAUUGGAAGGACGGGUGAAGUCAGUCAGAAAAGCGGGAAAAGCCAUGUACUUUUUGGACAUUGUCCAGGACGAUGCUGUCGUCCAAAUAUGUGCCUCCAACAAGCUUCUAGAAAACAUGGACAAGGAAAUGUUUGCAAAGCUUCAUUCAUUCAUUCGCAAAGGCGACUACAUCACAUGUGUCGGCCAGGCCUCUGUCACAAAUGUUGGGGAGUUGACUUUAAAGGUAAAUCAACCGAUCAUGGUCUCAUGCCCAAGUCUUAAUUUAGCAACUUUGCCUGAUAAAGUGUCCGACAGACUGCUCAUCAACAGUGAUAGAGUUAUGAAUUAUCUCGUCAAUUCUGAGCUGAAGGAAAGAAUUUUGAUAAAAGCUGCUGUGACCCGAGCAAUUCGAAACUUUCUUUUGGAGGACAACUUCACUGAGGUUAAUACACCCUUGAUAGCAGGGGCAGGAACAGGCGCCAACGCUGAGCCAUUCUAUACUACACUGAAGGCAUUACAAGAUGCUAGGUUGCAACUUCGAGUUGCCCCUGAAUUAUGGCUCAAGAAACUUGUGAUCGGUGGAUUCGACAAAGUAUUCGAGAUAGGGCCCAACUUUCGUAACGAAGGCAUAGACUCUACACAUAACCCCGAAUUCUUAACAUGCGAAUUUUACAGGUCAUUCACGUCUUUACCAGAGUUGAUGAAGCUAACAGAGGAUAUGCUCAAGUCAAUAUACGAUGAGCUUGCAGCCAAACAAGACGACAUAAAGCUCCUCCAACAUACACUCACAGAUCUCUCACCGUUGCAAAAGCAAGAGUAUCCCAAAUUCGAGUUCGUGCCUACUCUAGAGGAGAAGACCGGGGUGAAGCUCCCCGAGGAGCUAACAACAGAAGCUUUAUUGAAAUACCACGACAGGAUCGGUGUUUCACCUCCCAAAACGAAGUCUCCCGCUGGCCUUUUGGACAACUUGAGUUCUAAACUAUUAGAAACAAUCUCACUUGAGCAACGCAAUACGCCAACUUUUAUAUAUAAUCAGCCAGCUAUCAUGUCACCAUUGGCCAAAUCUGCUACUGUUCACUACGAUGAGAGGGCUUUUGAAGUCUCUUUGCGCUUCGAGCUUUUCAUCAACGGAAAGGAAUACGUCAAUUCCUACGAAGAAGAGAACUCGCCCUUCGCACAAGCCGAUAAGUUUAGGCUUCAACAACGAGCGAAAGCUGACUACCAAGACAACGACAUGCUUAUACCCGACUGGAAUUACGUCAAGCUGAUGGAAUAUGGACUUCCUCCUACAGGAGGCUGGGGAUGUGGAAUCGACAGACUUAGCAUGCUUUUUAGUGGAACUCUGAGAAUAGAAGACGUGUUGACAUUUGGUGUGUUGAAAGAUGUGGUAAAGCAAUAA